AACAGCCAGCAUGGCAGUCAAGUCGGUGUCUCCUUCGUACUAUUUGACAUCUCCGCAAUAAAUAAUAAAUAAUAUACACAAACGCUCUGAACUAAUAAAAUUACUAAGUAAACAAUUAAUAUUCACUUUUUAUCAACUUCUCUAUGGGCUCAGUCAUCACCAGCAAUUGAUAACCGUCAAAUUUUAUUAUUAUUUCUCUUUAAUUGAAAACUACAUUAUUUUUUAUGAUAUCACAAUAUCAUGGGUGGAUUAUUCAGUUAUUUUCGUAAUUUACUCGGCAGUCGUGAAAUGAGAAUUCUUAUACUAGGUCUUGAUGGUGCUGGUAAAACGACAAUACUCUACAGACUUCAAGUUGGUGAGGUGGUGACAACAAUACCAACAAUUGGAUUUAAUGUUGAACAAGUAACUUACAAAAAUCUUAAAUUCCAAGUAUGGGAUCUUGGUGGUCAAACUAGCAUACGGCCUUACUGGAGAUGUUAUUACUCAAACACAGACGCAGUAAUAUACGUCGUAGACUCAGCAGAUAGAGAUAGAAUAGGAAUAUCCAAAGAUGAACUGCUUUACAUGCUCCGGGAAGACGAAUUACAAGGAGCAAUCUUAGUAGUAUUAGCAAAUAAACAGGACAUGCCAGGAUGUCUGAGUGUCGCGGAAGUCCACCAGGCACUAGGAUUAGACGCAUUAAAAAAUCGUACAUUUCAAAUUUUCAAAACAUCAGCCAAAAAAGGCGAGGGUCUGGACCAGGCCAUGGACUGGCUGGCAAAUGCACUGCAGAGUCGAAAAUAAUUUUUAUUUAAAUAUUAUUAAUAAUUAUUAUUUAUUACACUAUAAAAUAUUAUUAUAUUUCCAAUUUAUUAUUAAUUAUUAAUUUAUAAUUAAUGAUUAAUAAUAAACAACAGUAUGAAUGUGGAUGUUUUUAAAUGCUUUUAAAAAAAACGGCUAAAUUUAUCUCUUUAUUUUCGCUCUUACACGAAUAAAGUGAGUGCGUGUGUGUAGAUAUAAUUAGUUAAUCAAUUCAUUAUAAAUAAAAAAUUUUCACGGACA